AUGUUUAAUGGAGAAAGCAAAAACAGGAAGAUCAACCUGAGCGGGAAGAAACAUGUCAUCCUCAACAAGGACUCCUUCAUCGAGAGGGCCAAAAAAGAGAAAGAAAUCCACCUCAACUUGGCAAGGAGGAAAAACGCCUUUAAGGUUAUCAGCACCUAUGUAAGCUAUAAAAAAUGUAUUGAAAAAAGGAGGAGCGAGAUUAAGAUUCUCAUCGGGAAGAGAAUCAGCGAUGUGAUGUUGUUGCAGAACCUGGUCGCACCGGAUGUGUAUGAGAGAGCCUUACGAAUAUGCCUUUAUGAAUUUUCUGUGAGCUCCACGUUUUUGUACUCCAACCGGAGUUGCUACUACUACUAUAAGGGCAUGGACUUUGAUAGUAUGUACCCUCCUGUGAAACACCUCCUAGAUGUGCUGAAGCUGUAUGGCAAAGUGGGGCAACUGGAUGAACCCCAUUCGGCGAGGGAGGGGAAAAACGAAGAGGAUGUAAGGGGUUCAACUCAGCAGGAUGGAGGCGGUUCUGCCCAACCGGAUGGAGGCGGUUCUACACAGCAGGAUGGAGGCGGUUCUGCCCAGCAGGAUGGAGGCGGUUCUGCCCAACCGGAUGGAAGCCAACCCGGAAAGGACCCAAAGAAGAAGGAAGCAAUCCACGUUAGCAAUAAGUUCCUGUACAGACAUAAAAACGAAAUACAAGUUUUACUUAACCAUUUGGAUGUUCUCCUAGGAGGGUACAACUUAUAUGGUGAAAAUAUAUAUGGAGAAUACCACUCGGGGAUGCGAAGUGUGAGACGGUGUAGGGGUCAUUUGUUGAGUGGCACCGACAUAGCGAGGGGAAGUAGCCAAGGGGGAGUUUUCCCCAGUGUGAGUACCAAAUCUAAAAGAUACGAAAAUGGACAGAUGCUCUACAUGUACCACAUGUACAAUUUUAUUUUGAAUAAAUCCUUCUGUGUCCACAUGGAGAAGGAAAUAAACUCUCGGAAAGAGAAAAAUUUGCAGAAUAUCCCCCGUAAUGAUAAAAAAAACGUAUUGCAAUCACUUCAUAAAAUAAGUGACUGCAUCAUUUUAACAAUGGAUGGAAUUAUCUGCAUUUUGAGAAAGGUACUCCUGUCAUAUGCACCGAAGCAGAUUGCCAAAUGUGGUUCAACCAAGCUACUGAUUUAUUUGUGUGAUCUUAUAUAUAUUUUUUUAUACUCUUUGAAGAUGAAGGGACAUGAAGUAAAACAAGAACGUGUAGAGGAGGUAAAAGAAAAACUCAACCUGCUUUUACAAUUUGUUUGCAUUAGUGUAGAUCAGCUAAAGGAUUGCCAUUCUUUGUGUAUUGCUUUUUUUAAGUACCCAAUUUACGAUAUUUUUUCCACUCCUAUUGACGUGAAGAAAGAACUUGGUAUGAUAAAACUGCUGCUUUUGAAGAUUGUAAAUAGGACUUAUGGACCACAUGAUGUAGAUAUAAUGCAGGAGCUGGUUUACUCUAAUGAGAACCUGCUUCUCCAUUUGGAGAAGUACCAUGUGUUUAAUCAUGCAUCCUUCGAUAGGAAGAAUAUAUCAGGGGUAAACAUACUUAAGAAUAUGCUUCUGUUUGUCCACAUCAAUGAAGCGCUGGUUCAGGACAACGUUUUGAAUAUCCUGCUGGAGGCUUACUUGUUCCUGUCGCUGAGGUAUCACCCGUAUGUCUACAAGGUGGGGGGAGGGGGAACACCACGCGUCGGAGGAAUAGGAGGAAUUGACGGAAUUGACGGAAUCGACGGAAACUGCGGAAUUGACGGAAUUGACCGAAUCGACGGAAUUGACCGAAUUGACCGAAUUGACGGGAUUGACGGAAACUGCGGGAUGGGCGGCAGAACGGAUGGAGAUGGUGACGCCCAUGCCGAUGCGCAGUGCGACUUCGCCUCCCCCCCCAGCGGAGCCCUCUGCAGCACCACCAACCCGGAGCACACCCAAACGGAGGACGUGGCGGGCAAGAAGAGAUCCGUCUCCUUCGGCGGAGGCGCGACCAUCCAUAGGAGGAUCUUCCAUCGGUACAGGAACUAUUACGAGUUUGUAAAAAAUGUGAGCAACCAGGCGUGCGUGAUUGGGGGACGGAGAAGUGAUUUGACUAAUCGGCGGGGAGCGCUUGGUGGUAGUCGAAUUGGGGGAAGUCGAAUUGGGGGAAGUCGAAUUGGGGGAAACUCCCCUAGUGGUAGUCGAAUUGGGGGAAAUCCACUCGGUGGUAGUCGAAUCGGGGGAAAUCCCCUUGGUGGUAGUCGAAUCGGGGGAAAUCCCCUCGGUGACAAUAGAAGGGAGGAGGUGCCCGGGAGCGGCCCAGCGUUAGGGUUGCUCCCCCAGACGAGGCAUCUCUCAAGGGAUCAGCCAACGCAGAAGACAGCAUGCAGAGCCCAUAAGCAUAAGCGCCUAUUCAGCAUGAAAAACCUCAUCAGGGCAAAGGGGAAAAGGGGAAAGCGGUCAUGUGACGGGGAUCUUCUAAACAACGAUAUCAUAUUGAAGGUGAAAAAAAUACUCAUCGAGCACGACAUGCACAUCUACCUGGUGAGAGAAGUGUACCUACUUUGGUUCACCAAUUGUAAAGCAAACGACACCUUAUUCUUUAAGUACCUCUCCGCCUUCCCCUACUUCGAUCACACUAUUGUCUCCAUAUAUAUCUCCUCCCUCUGUUUCCUUCUGCACUACUAUAUCGUAGCGAACAUGUUUGUUAACUUAAUUGAUAUUAAGGGGUUCAAAUUGUGCAAACAUUUUAUGGCUAGCUUGGCCUUCAAGAAAGUAUGUAAGUUGCUGCUGAUGUCUCUGUGGGUGGUGCUGAAGAAAUCCAUGUAUGCUAUUAACUGUGAGGUGGUGAAUCGGCUAGCUUGUGAGGAGAAAGGAGUGGUGGGACGGGAGGGAGAUGGAGGGGGAGACGACACCGAACUGGAGGAGUUCACGGAAGGGAUUAAUGAGGAGGACACGUACAACGAUGAGGAUGAGCAGUAUGAGCGGGAGAUGAACAGGAAGGAGGAGCGGGCCAUAGAGGAGAUCGAAGGGGUCAGCGGUGGAGGGGUCAGCAGUGCAGGGGUCAGCGGUGAAGAACGCAGCACCGAAGAACGCCGCGUCGAAGAUCCCUGCGCUAGAGCGGACUUGUGUGAACCCCUGCGAUGCUUCGAGGAAAUCCCCAUUGCGCUGGGUGCAACGGAAGAGCCGUUUUUCCGAGCGAGUUCAGCAGUCCUACCCAACUGCAGAGCAGAGGACCUUUUGGAAGCGCUGGACUCACUUAGCACAGGUGAGCCGUCCUCCAUGGGGAUACUCUACCCUUCCAGUGCCCACCAUUUGAUGAAACGAGGAAUGUACUUCUCAGCGUGCGAUACAUAUGACGGGAUAGGAAUACCCAACACGACCAGCAUGGGUAGUGGUUUCAAAAGUAGCAUGCAUAGCACCCGAGGAGGCGAAGAUGCGUCGGCAAUAACGUCCACGUUAAUAAGCUACCUGUUGUAUAAUCGAGACAGAAAAGGACUGAACUAUAUACUGCCACUUUUACUGAAUAAGUUAUACAAGGUGAACGGGUACGUGCAUCUCUUCGAGGAUGAUUUUUUUGUAAUCAAGGAAACGAGUAAUUUGCUAAAGAAUCGGUUUAACAUUAUUGGGGACCAGAAUAACAGCGGAAGUGGAUCCAAUCAAAUGAGCAGCAGCACCACAAGCAGUAGUCACUACGACACAGAAUCACAUCUCUUCAUCGAUAAGAACGAUGCCUAUCUGAAUUACAAUAUAAAGCACGUGAAUGAGUUGGCUAACUACCUGUUGAGGUUUACUCCGUUUACUCUCCCUUUUGAUGAUCGCAUAUUAAUAUUUUACAACAACAGGAAUAAGUCCAAGGAGAGUAUCCGAGACGACAGCAGGUUCAAUUUCGUAGAUGUGAAGCACCAUUUGAUUAGGAGAACACACAUAGUAGAAGACGCGUUUAUAUUGCUUCACAUGCUAGACGGUACUCAGGUCAAGCAAAACAUCAGAGUCGCAUUUAUUGAUCAAAAUGGUAAUGAAGAAACUGGAAUCGAUGGAGGAGGACUUUUUAAAGAAUUCAUGAUACUUUUAUGUCGAGAAAUAUUUCACUCAAAUUUUUUUCUCUUCGAUUAUGUACACAAUGGCACACUCUAUCCGAAACGAUUCCAUUCUAAUGAUAAUUUAAAUCUCUAUACCUUUGCUGGUAAGGCAAUUGGGAAGGCUAUUUACGAGCGCAUACUUAUUGAAUCCGUUUUUAAUGACGUUUUUUUGAGCUUCCUCCUAUGUGAUGACAUAGAUCUAGAUGUCGACAUCGAUAUUAACGACUUAUAUUUUAUUGACAAGCAUGUUUUUAACAGCUUGCUUUAUAUUCAGAAUACCUCCCAUGUGGAGAACCUCUCACUUACGUUUUGCAUUUACGAGAGGAAGAAACCAGAUGUGGGGGACGUGCGUAAGUACGAGGACAUCAUUAGUUACUUUCAGGCCCUGGGGAGGCAGCUGUCCGGGGGGGCAGGCGGUGCGGGAGGAAGCUUCGUUGGGGGAAGUGGCGGUGCUGGCGGUGCGGGAGGGAGCUUCGUUGGGGGGAGUGGCGUGGGUGCAGGCAGCCGGGGAAACGUCGUGAGGCGGUUCUUCUCGCAGACGGGAGUCUCCCCUGACCAUGACAACAUUAACAGCUUCUUCAACAUAAUAGAUAAUUUGGACGCACUGAUACACACACUCGAUCGAAAUCUUUCAUCCCUUUCUCCGGUGACUCUGGAGGACCAUGUGUCCGAAGUUAACACGACAGAACGGUACCGUGGUGCGAACUACAACGCGGAUUCACCCAUUGUGCAGAUGAUGAUCCGUCGAAACGAGCUGAAUUUGAGUCCUACGUCGAAUGGGGUACUCUUGGGCUCAGACGGGGAGGUCUUGAGGUACCCGUUGCGCAGCGCCAACGACCUCGAUUCGGAGGAGGGACAGGAAGAUCUCGGCAGGGGGGAUCCAUCAGGUGGGAGUAGCGGUGACCAAGCGGGUUGGGGCAGAGAUUACCCAGCGGGUGGGAGUAGAGGUGACCAAGCGGGUGGGAGCAGAGAUUACCCAGCAGUUGAGAACAUAGAUGACCACGCGGGAGCACGCCAACGCGGGGCGCAAGCGGAGGACCUGGAGUGCAUCGACCUGAUUGAAAACGGAAGGAACAUACUAGUGGACGAUAGCAACAAAAAGCAUUACAUAAAGCUGUACAUAAAUUACAAGUUUAAAAAAAUGGUGCAGAAAAAAACCCAGGCUUUUUUGAAAGGGCUGUCCGAAUUGAUUCCUACAAAAUGGCUCAAGCUUUUUAAUGCUCAUGAGUUAAAGACUCUCAUUUCGGGAAAUGACAAAUGCUUCGACGUGGAUGAUUUGAGAAGGAACGUUGUUUACGGUGGAGGGUACAAUGCAAAUAGCGAAACUGUAGUGAAUUUAUUUCACAUUUUGAAAACAUUUUCUCCAAAGGAGAAGAGCCUGUUCCUCAUGUUUGUGACUAGCUGCUCUAGGUCCCCUUUGCUUGGCUUCCAGGAGCUGUACCCUAAAUUCUGCAUCUUUCGCGUCGUGGACCAUACGAGACUGCCCACUGCGUCCACGUGCGUGAACUUGCUCAAGCUGCCCGACUACACCUCCAGGGAUAUCCUGCACAAGAACCUCCUCACGGCGAUAAGCGGCACGCAGGGGUUUGACCUCAGCUAA